UAAAGGAGAAUAUUCCGUUUUGAAGCUUGACGAAUUAAUUGGACCACCGGCCACAUUGAUUAAUACCGCUAAGGGAAAAUUUAUGCUUCGUUUCAAAGAAACAAUUUAAAAAUACCUUUUUCCAUGCUAAACAAUUUAUUUUUAGUUUAAAAAUGUCUGAAACAAACUCGGAGACUUUGAGCUGUGGGGAAGAAGAUGCCUUGAAAAACUUACUUAUAUCAUGGGGUAUAGAAGACAAAUUGGACAUACUCAUACGUGAACAUAUUUCUAUUGAUAUUUUGAAAAUACUAACUGAGGAACAUGUUAAAGAGCUGACACAGAAUUGGAGAAUUGGAGACAAGGCCCAGUUCAUUCACCAUUUCACAAAGUGGAGACAUGAUAUUAACCAUCCAUUUUGGGCAGAAUGUUCAAGUCCUCCAGUUUUUCCCAAAAAAGCCGAUUCGUGUAACUCAUCUGAUACGGAAGAAGUCGAUAACGUCAAUAUGUUGGAGAUAUUGCAAAGUAAUAAAAAUGGGGAACGUGUGCUACAGUUUUACGAAAAAAACAAGUUUCUCACAGAUGAACUAAGAGUUUUCAUUAUAAACAUUGCUGCCCAGCAUUUUGCAAGAAAAGACGCACCAAUGACUCUUCAAGCAAGCUACAAACUCGAAACGCAAAUAUUGUCUCUAUUUCCGACUGAAAAACUUGAAUUCUAUCGAACAGAACGUAGAGGAAAAAUUUAUGUAAAAUCCCAAAAUCUUAAAAAACAAAGCAAGCAGAUUUUUAUGCUGGAAAACGAAUCACCUACGGCGUCAAAAAAGGCUAAAAUUACUUUUGUACCUGAGGAGAAUGGAGAGGAUUUGGUGCAAGUUCUUAAAUAUGACAAGCUUUCAGCUGAAGAGUUUGAAACAAAGUGGAUUUCUUGUGCCAACUAUAGACUUAAUCAAGUACUUAACGAAUGCAGUAGCCUACGAGAGAUUCUUAAAAAGUGGCCUGAAUAUAAAUCACAUUAUAAGUUGAUUGAUAUUGACUUCUCAAUAAUGCAUAAAUCGCACAACAAAAUGCUCAACUGGGACCAAAAAAUUCUAAAGUUGUUUAACUUUUUGAAAAAAUCUAAGCAACUUAAAUGUCAUGGUGAGUCAAAAAUGUUAGAAACUCUCCAGGACGAAGAUUUGGAAAAGGAUCGAGGCACAUUUGCAGUGAAAACCCUGUGGAUUUUACAUUAUGUUCUUUUCCCGACUGGGCGGCAAGUUCGAAAAACAAUUCUCGGAAAGAAAGAAAUAUCUCGCUAUACAAUAAAGGACUCCCAGAAGACGUUUUUGUUUUUGGGAAAGACUUUGCAAGAAUUACACGACCAUAUUGAUUUUUUGUUAAAGAUGAAAGAACAUAUUCAGCCUUUUAUAUUGGGAAUCGGAAGUCUGGACGAUAUACAUGAAAUUUUUGUUUAUUUUGAUGGUGACCUCAUACGGUUUCCUAAUUUUCUUCGCUCUUUGGAUAUUUGUUUUAAAAUGUUCCAUUUAUUUAAUUUACAAUAUCCCACAGCAUCUGAAACAUUUUGGAUCUUUUUGGAAAACUACUUUUUUGAAAUAAGUUCAUGCUCAAAGAAAAAGUCAAAGGUAAGCAUCCUCUUGGAUGAUUUAGAGAAACAAUCUGAGUAAUUGGUUUCAAUUUAAUAAGUUAUAAAUUCUCAGAUAUUUAAAACACUAAAUUAAAUAAUAAUUAAGCUAUUUUUAUAUUGAUAUCUUCAUAUCAAUUAAAAAUAAGUUCGAAAAUUAGAUUUAUGCAAAUAACAAACGUUCCUAAAUUCCGCAGAUUAAAAAC